AUGGCAUUGGCCACUGCAUACAAGCAGUUCCUCGCUGCGCCAGAUGCCUCUCUCCUGGCCGAGAAUUCCACACUCCACUACAUCACUACCACUACCAGCUUCAAAGGCCCCGCCGACAUAAUCAACCAUGUCAACGCCUCGCGCAAACACCUCAAGGUCAAGAAGGAGGAUUUCCUCUCGGCAAUCGAAGCCCAGCAUACCAUCGCCGUCGAGGUCGACACUACCCUGGAGUUUGUCGCCGGUGGCGGACCCUACCUUCCCGCCCUCGACGACAACUUUCUGGCAGAUCGCACAGUCUAUAUUCCCAUUAUGCACCUUGUCUACUUCGACGGCCACGGCAAGAUUCUGCAGAUCCGCCGCUCCUGGGACCAAGGCGCAUUGCUGAAACAACUCGAUAUCAUCGGCAAAACAGGCCGCAACUGGCCCAUUCGCGACAGCACGGAGCAGAUCAGGAUGAUUCAGAACUGCGUCAAGACCUCCGACGGCGCCCGCCCCGCCCAAGGCACCACUCAUGCCACUGACAUGGCUACCCGCCCCCGCGACAACUCGACCAACAUCAUGCGCGAUCCUCACGCCUCCCUGUCCUUGUUUGCCCCUCGCGACGACGCUGACCAGAGCAUUGCGGCCGUCAUCUCCCCUAGAGGCGGGACUCGACCGCGACAACGCGAUUUCGCCGAGAUCCUGGGCGACGAGCCCGUAGAAGCCCCGGUCUCCUCCCCCAGUGCUGGCCGCCAACGAUCCGAGUCCCCAAGCAAGACUAUCGCUCCCAAGGCUGGUGGUUCCAAGAAGUUUCAACCAAGUCGUCUGUUCGACACCGAUCAGGUCGAUCAGGUCGAUGAGUCUCCCUACUCGCCUGGAAAUGUCAAGUCCCCUGAGAGCCAUUACCGCACGAACCCCAAGAAGUACAAACACUUUGAAUUCGCCGACGGCUCUGAUGCUCAAGACGCCCCGCGCCCUGGCAAUGCCACUCCGCAGAAGACGAAGCACUCCAGCCAGUGGGAUUUCGAGGACUUCGUUACUCCAGCCAAGUUGAACCGCUCCAAGUCUGUCCACCACCGCAAUGAUCGUCACUGGGGAACCGAGGGUGACGAGGGCCAAGAGGAACCUGCACACAAACCUGCGCAAGCCAAGGCUCGCCGCGAUGCUGAGACGCACUUCGAUUUCCUCGAUGAUGGUACCCCGAAGGGCAACCCCCGCGCCGCCCGCCCUCGAGGCGCGACACACAACACUGGAUUGGGCUUGUACCAGAAUAACCUGUACGAUGAGGACGAGCGCGACGAAGUACCUGCAGCAGAAGCACGAGCUCUAGGCGCCAUCACGAACACCAACUUAAAGGACCGCGGUCGAGACUUCAAUUCCCACUGGGGUAUGACGGACGACCCGUCUGCGACCAAGCCACAACGAAAGGCUCCUGUUGGUAAUGAGCAUAAGAAGGCUGUCAAGAUGAUGGAUGCCAACUGGUCUUCCUACGAACACUCUCCUGUACACAAAGAGAAUAAGCCCACCGCCUCGAAGAACGGCUCCGGAAUGGGCCCAGACCGAGGCAUCUCCAUCGCCGGCGACGGCAUGGGUGGUGGUAAGGGUUCCAACCGGGACUGGCUUUUCGGCGCCGGCGACGACGACGACGACCACAGCAGCCAGUCUACCAAGGCCGUGCCGGGCAGGAAGCAGGGUGCUGCUGCCAAGUCAGGUGGCUUCAACUGGGAUUUCUAG